AUGUGUUUGGGUUAUCUAACUUCUCCUGAUAUUUAUCAAACUGACAUGGAUGAUAUUCAAAUACGUCAGCCUCCAAUAGACUUCAGUGGCACUGUCGGUGCCGAUGGAGCAAAUUCACGAGUCCGAGAUGCCAUGGGUGUACAAUACAUUAAAUGGAAUUACGACCAAAUGGGAAUAGUUGCUACUGUUAAACUGGGUGAACCUACGGCGAAUAUUGUUGCCUGGCAGAGAUUCCUGCCUGGUGGACCAGUGGCUUUGCUACCGUUAACAGACACUCUUAGUUCUUUGGUAUGGUCUGUCUCACAUGAAAAAGCAAAAGAGCUUUUGAAAUUAGAGGAAGAGCAUUUUGUGGAUGCUAUAAAUGAUGCUUUAUGGAAAGUUUACCACAGGGAUGGAAUUGUUGAAAGUGGCAUGAAGGCUCUUCAACAGUUAUUGGCAGGACUCUCUUUGCAAACUGGAGUCACUAAACAACUGCCACCAUCAGCAGCUGGGAUUGUUGAAGGAUCUCGAGCUGCCUUUCCAUUAGGAUUUGGACACUCUGUUUGCUAUGUGAAGCCAGGAUCUGUUCUGGUUGGGGAUGCAGCUCACAAAGUUCAUCCUUUAGCUGGUCAAGGCGUGAAUUUAGGCUUUGGUGAUGUAACCACUCUAGUACAGAUACUUGCCGAAGCAGCUAGAAAUGGAGCAAUGUUUGGUGACAUGGCCUAUUUAACUAAAUAUGAAACUCUGAGACAAAGGCAUAACGUUCCAACAAUGUUGGCUAUUGAUGCACUUCACAGACUAUAUAAGGGAACUGCAGCACCAAUUGUAUUGGCUCGAAGCUUAGGAUUGCAGUUAACAAAUGCAUUACCGCCAUUAAAGGUAUCUGAAAGAAUAGUAGGGAUGUUUUACAAUAAGUUCACGCUAGUCUCACGCAUCAGUAUCUGA